AUGUCUCGAAAAUCUCUUCGUUCCUCUGUAAAGGAAAAUGCUACAUCACGGAGAAUGUCGUGUUGCUGUAGCACUUUAAAGCUAAUUAUUUUUACAUUUAUGGUUUCAUGGGAAUAUUUUGACUUCUUCGACUUCGUUAAAAUAAGGUUCCGGCCUGAACAUUUCCUCUUCGUAUUGAAUUUUCAUUUUCAGAGCACUGCAACCACUAGAGGUAGGGGUCGAAAACGUAAAGUUACAGAAGAAGAUGUAUGUGAAACACCGGCUAAAACCCCCCGAACUCCUGGAAGACCACGUGCCCACUUGACCAAGGUGAAGCUGUCAUAUACAAACUACGUGUCUUCGAAAGUUGGACAUCGGGUGCUUUCCUGUGGUGAGGGAGAACAGCUUGGGCAUCCUGGCCGUAGUACGACAAAGAAACCACGAAAAGUGGACAUUGUUGAGGACGAAGGACUGAAAAUUGUCCAAGUGGUGGCCGGUGGUGUUCAUUCGGCCCUGUUAACCCUCGAUGGUGAAGUGUACAUGUGCGGAAUCAACGAACAAGGAACGGUUCCUGCUAUCGGAGUAACAGACAAAUUCACAAAAAUUGUGAUGUUAGCAGCAGGUGCAAGUUUUACGGCUGCGCUCACUGAUAAGGGUUCGGUUAUUGCAUGGGGAAACCUGAGAGAUACAAGCGGUGAGAUCAACGUGCAUCCACUGUUGGCCAAGAUGAAAGACCACCCUGUUGUCUUGAUCCAUUACAAGAAGCGAGUUAUCGUGAAGAUUGCAGCUGGAGAAAAUCAUCUUGUCAUGUUAGAAGAGGAUGGUAAAGUAUUAACAUUCGGAGAUGGAAAAAUGGGUCAGUUAGGUAGAAGCAAGAGAGCUGGGUCAAUAAGACCGCUUGUGUUAUAUUUAGCAUCUGCGGAAGAUAAACGUGAGCUCCGUAUUUUCACACCCAGUGUCGCAAAUGCAUAUUUGGGCCGAACAUGGACUCAUAUCGAUGGAGUCCAACAUAUAAUAGCUCUUGAUGCGAAUGGGGAGGUAUAUGGCAUUGGAAAAAACACUGACAAUGCUCUCGGUCUUGGAACAUGGACUGGAAAUGACGAUUCUGAGCAUUGGAAGUAUUCGACCCUGGAACGAGUGCAAUUCCCGCCUGAAGCAGGCAAAAUUGCGGGCACUACAGCCAAAUUAGGUUGCUCAAUAGCAUGGACUGAGGAUGGCGAUGCCUAUGCCUGGGGAUGUGACACUAGUGGACAGCUGGGCCUCGGAUUGAAGGAGGACGAUGAUAGGGUCGUACCAAAACCACAAAAAAUUACGUCUGCACAUCUGGAAGGAUACAAAAUCAUAUCAGCGUCGAUUUCUGACAACCACUCUUUAUUUUUGGCUGCGAAGAAAUGA